AGAAGGAGAAACUCCGAGGGAGGGAAAAGGUCAGACGCGGGGGGUUUAUCGUAUUGCAGAAAUAAAAAGAGAUUUUGUUGUAGGUUGCAGACCUAACGGUUUAGUCAGUCAGGGAGACGUCAAAAUAAAGCUGUGUACAAUUCUUAAUCAUAACUUGGAAAGGAAUACGUUGAAGGUUAAAUUAAUAGGACUGUUAGAAGACAAGUAGGCUAUUUGUAUAUUUAGGAUUUGGUAGAUUUUUUAAGGUGAAGACCGGACAGCCUUUUGGAUCGUGUGUAACUUGUGAAGUAACGUCAGGAUGCGCGUCUGCCCGCUGUUUUUCCUUCUCUGCGUCCUGCGCGUCGGGUGCGCUCAGAAAUUCUCCGCGCUGACGUUUCUGCGGGUGGACCAGGAUAAGGAGUGUAACAUGGAAUGUACCGGUGGUCAUCGGAAGCCCCUGUGUGCCUCGGAUGGGAGAACCUUCACGUCACGCUGCGAGUUCCUCCGUGCCAAGUGCCGGGACCCCCAAUUGGAGGUCAUCCGAGGGCCGUGCAAAGAUACGUCUAGAUGUGUUGCAGAGAAGAAGUACACAGAGCAGCAGGCCAAGAAGCUCUUUCCUCAGGUGUUUGUCCCUGUCUGUAACCCUGACGGCACCUACAGCGAGGUGCAGUGUCACAGUUACACAGGUUACUGCUGGUGUGUCACCCCAAACGGGCGUCCAAUCAGUGGCUCAGCAGUGGCCAAUAAGAAGCCCCGAUGCCAAGGGUCAAAGCAAGAGAGAGCCAGUACUAGAGAACCAGGGAAAGCAGUUUCCUUGCAAAUCUUCUCAAUUCUUAAUGCAGAUGAGUCCACUGGUCUGGUAGUGGAGACUCAGUCCCAGACAGAUGAGGAAGACAUAAUUUCUCAGUACCCCACACUGUGGACAGAGCAGGUCCGCAGCAGACAGAACAACCGGACCAGAACGCAAUCCUCGUCAUGUGACCAGGAACAGCAGUCAGCCCAGGAGGAGUCACGCCAGCAUAAGAACGAGGCAGUGUUCGUUCCAGACUGUGCCCACGGAGGCCUCUACAAGCCUGUCCAGUGCCACCCCUCCACUGGGUACUGCUGGUGUGUACUGGUGGACACUGGGAGGCCCAUCCCUGGCACUUCCACCAGAUAUGAGCAGCCCAAAUGUGAUGUCAAUGCACGAGCCCACCCAACCAAACCUAAGGACCAUUACCGGAGCAGGCAUCUCCAAGGCUGUCCUGGGGCAAAGAAAACAGAGUUUUUGACAAGUGUUCUUGACGCACUGUCAACCGACAUGGUGCAUGCUGUCACAGACCCAGCAUCCGCUGGCAGGAUGCUGGAGCCAGACCCUAGUCAUACCCUGGAGGAGAGAGUGGUUCACUGGUACUUUAGCCAGCUGGACAAAAACUCCAGCGGAGACAUCGGCAAGAAAGAGAUCAAGCCCUUCAAACGCUUCCUGCGCAAGAAGUCUAAGCCCAAGAAAUGUGUGAAAAAGUUUGUGGAGUACUGUGACAUCAGCAACGACAAGGCCCUGUCACUGCAAGAGCUAAUGGGAUGUCUGGGCGUCACCAAGGAAGAAGGGACAAAAACAAGUGAAGGUGUAUCCUCAAGUAAAAUGAAUCUGUCAAAGAAGCAAGGCUAAGGCAACAACACAGAUUUUGUCUCCCCAUCCUCUGGAGAUUCUGCCCUUAUCAAUCGGCAAUGGAAAGCAUAGUAUUUGCACUUUGUACUUUAAAGAAAUGUAAAUUCACUUUGUAGAAUUAAGGUAUUUAAACAGACUGCUGAAUAUGUGAAUUAUGUAGUUAGCUUUUUUAUGUCCUUACAAAAAUAAUUUAACACAUGCAAUGUAUGUGUCUUGUGUGUCUAAAAAUACUUUUCAAGAGUUGUAUAAGUUGUUAGUUUUGUGUCACUCCUGUUGUUUUUCUUUGUUCUGUUAUAGAUAUUAAUGCUGAUAUAUCGAUAUUUUGUGACGUGGCUGAAACCUUAACUUACGCUUGUCCACAUCUCUUACUCACUGAGCUAUAGCACCCCCACUGACGCUUUGUACAGCUGCUUGUCUUAAACAUGGAUUGUCAUCAAAUCAAAUUGUAAAAAAAUGUAUUCAUGUUUAUUAGAAAUAAAUAACUCUUUUAUACAUUG